UACAAGCCCGAGUUUCGUGAGGGUACGCUCAGUGCAUUACUGCUCCUUAGCGGCCCGUGAUUCUCCGGAACCUCCACUGCACUCUCUCUGUACUUGGCGAGUCGGAUAACCAGCAACAAUGGAAGCUAUCAAGAAGAAGCUGCAGGCGAUGAAGUUGGAGCGUGAGAACGCUAUCGACAGAGCCGAUGAAGCCGACUCAUCGAAGAAGGAAGCCGAAACCAAGGCCCUGCAGGCCGAGGAGGAGGUUGCCGACGUGCAGAGGAAGACGUCAGAGAGAAUGAACGAGUUGGAAACAUGCAAUGCCUCUCUAGCGUCAGCUAACGUUACACUGGAAGAGAAGGAAAAGAAGGCUCAGGAGGCGGAGGCUGAGGUGGCAGCAUUCAACAGAAGGAUCCAACUGCUGGAGGAGGAUCUGGAGAGAGCAGAGGAGAGACUCAAGACCGCCACAGAGAAGCUCGAGGAGGCAUCCAAGGCAGCUGACGAGAGCGAACGAAACCGAAAAUUGAUGGACAACAGAGUGAACCAGGAGGAGGAGCGGGCCAACAUGCUGGAAACCUCCCUGAAGGAAGCGCAGUUUCUCGCGGAAGAGUCUGAUAGGAAAUACGACGAGGUGUCGCGUAAAGUGCAGAAUAUGGAAUCUGACUUGGAGCGGGCUGAGGAGCGCGCCACCGGCGGUGAAGUCAAGAUCAUUGAGCUGGAGGAGGAGCUGAGAGUUGUCGGCAACAACCUGAAGUCUCUCGAAGUCAGCGAGGAGAAGGCUGCACAGAGAGAGGACAGCUACGAGACACAGAUCCGCGACCUGACAGCCAGGCUCAAGGAUGCUGAGACGCGCGCUGAGUUCGCUGAGAGGACUGUGCAGAAACUCCAGAAGGAGGUCGACAGACUCGAAGACGAGCUCGUGCACGAGAGGGAGAAGUACAAGGCCAUCAGCGAGGAGCUGGACCUCACCUUCCAGGAGCUCUCUGGCUACUAGACGACGCGCUAUCGGCGCGUGCGACACAUUCAUCAUUCGACUCCUCCCUUGGCCACUGCUGCUGCCGGCUUCUUUUGGCUGCUGCAGCCGCUCCUGUCACAUCCAGCGACUUCCUCCGCUUUCUCUCUCUGUCACUCUCGCUGUGUUUUUACGCGCGGCCGGCUCUCUCUCUUUCUGUCUGGUGUGUCCUGCGUAGCGUUAUUAGGUGCUUAACUUCAGUUACCCCGUGGAUGCGGAUACUGUAGCCGUAAACGUUUGGGCCGCGCCCUUCUGGCGCCCGCGCGCGGCCGCCGCCGUUACUCACACCGGCCCUCGGCGAGUGUGCGAGCGCACACGCGGGGAGGCGGGGGGCCAGUGGCGGCGGCGGCGCGCGCGCGCAGGGCCGCCACCGCCAUCCGGGGACCCAAAAUAUCUGUUGGCCAAGUACCCUCAGUUAAUUUGCCCGAGUUGUAUGUAUUGCUGAAAAUUUAUCGAGCGAAGGGGCAACGUGCCAGAAUCAUGUGUCCAGCAAGGUGCGAGCUGAUUGGGGAGAUAAUCAACAACAACAACAACAACACACACACACUUAGAGACUGUAUAGUUUUUUUGCAACCUGGUGCAAUGCGUGAGCUAUUAGCACAUCAUGAUCAGUGGCAGCGUUUUAAUGACGAUAAAUUAUAGCUUUUAUGGCUGAUAAAUAAAUAUUUGUUUUUUUUCAUACAUUUAAACACGAAUGUAAACAUGAAGGAGCUACGAAGUGUAUUAGUGAUUAUUUCUCAUCGUGUAUUAUCGUAAAGGAAGGCCAACCCUUGUGCAAGUUUUUAGAUUUUGUUUGAGUAUGUGUAUUUGUGUAAAAAAAGACGAGUACCCCAAUCAAAUAUACAUCACACAGCUAUAUAUCUUGGCAUUUAAAUGCAAAAUUCACCGAAGCAUUUAAUUUGGGAGUUAGUUCUUGUUUUUAGACAAACGGAAUAUUUUCUACCAUUUGUACCGGCAGCUGUUUUACCAGCAACCCUGGUAUACAUCCGCAGUACAUGUACCAAGAUAUUUGCCUGUUUUUAUCCACCAAAAAAAUCAAUUUUAUUCAUCAUAA